AUGUUCAGUAAGUUCACUGCAAAUCUCGACUUUUGCAAGUGUGUGUUUUUAAAACACAAAGUGCUCGAAUAUGUCGUCACACAUUUGAUAAAUAUGGACACCAUAGCACUUUUAAAACACUUGAAAUGUGUAAAAAUGGAUCUGGAUCUUGUCUUCAAGGCUUUAGUUAUUAAGGAGUUGAAGGGGUACCUAGGUAAACCCAGAGCCGUCAUCUCGGAAGACAUUUUAGACUGUCGGAGGACGCAUGAGACAAAAUAUCCGAUUUUAUCGAAGAUGGCCCGUGAUUUUCUUUUAAUACCUGCAACUUCAGUACGUGCUGAGAGAUUAUUUUCUAAAGCAUCAUUAGUAAUUAGAAACAUAGAAAUAGGUUAA